UGUGAAUAAAUAAUUUAAUGUUACGCUUCCACGAGUAAACUCCAGUAGUUUGUACUCCAGCUUUCAAUGACGUUCUUGCGUAAGUAGCUUACAAGAUGGAGAAACCAGUCAUAAUAAUUUCUCAAGUUGCGAUCAUUCUGACAGCCUUAGUUUCUUUUAUAGCAGCACAGUCCACGUCUUUCAGCCCAACGCCAUCCAUUCAACAAACAUUUGCUGUUUCAAAUCAGACUGAGAUGCUUAACGCUUCAAUGACAACAAUGACAACAGUUCAACAUCAAAUAACAUCCGUUCAUGUUCAACCUUCAUCAACGGAAGUCAGUCGUCCAAACAGCAAAAUAAUGAGUACUCCUCCCAGCUCUACAGCAAAAGUCAACGAAGAAGACAAAAUAGAAGAGGAUGAGGAUAAAAAGAAAGAGACGGCGAUUAUAGCGGCCAGUUGCGGAGGAGCAGCCGUCGUGUUUAUUGGUUUAACGUUAGUAAUAUGGAAUCACAGAAAAGAGGGCAACACAUAACUAAAUGAAGUACUACUGAAACCUGAGAUCCUCUGAGUAGCGAGUAGCCAAGCAAUAUAAACACAAAUUAUUUUCCUGAUCAAUAGUUGCACUUAAAGCUUAGCGAAGUAGUUGCCUAAGCCAAGGUAAAUCUCGCGUCAAAUUGACGCAAAUUCGAAACACGAACUGGGUGCUUUCAGGGAAAUCUUGAUGGUCGUCAUUUUAUUUCUAGAUUGUUUUUGUUUUUGUUGUUUUUGUUAAUAGUAGUUUAGGCUAAUACCAGUUCCCACAUAAAUUGAGAGAAAAAUAUCAUUUUUGUAGCAUUCAAAAACUGUGAUCAUAACUACAGUAGCUACCCCAUACAUGAUCAGUCAGAUUGACUGAUCUUCUUCGUAGGCUUCUGCUUAGAAUUUUCAGGGGUUUUUUUUUGUUUGUUUCGCUUUUGUAAAGCUUUAUUGUCAACCACUCUCAGUGACUUUUAAAAUGUAUCAGGAGGAUAAAAACUACUUAACUUGUUUCUAAAUUCAAAGAAUAUUUCUAAUUUGUUUUCAUAAUGCAUCAAUCUGCGAUCAGCGUCAAAUUUAGUUGACGCACAUGUGUAAAGAGUUCUAUUUGUAUAGCAUAACACUCGUGUUUCUACCACUGUCUAAAUCAACGACAAAAGGCAAAUAAAUAUUUUAACAAGGAAGGGGGUGAAUAUGUUGACCUGAGAAGAGCAAAAAAGAUAAAAUUGAAGUAAUAGGGGGUUGAAAAGGUCAAUGUAUCAAUAAUUUUCAUGCCAAAAAUUUGGCUCAAAACUGUAAUAAAUAAAAUUGAAAACUGUUGACACUCAAUUAAAUAUGUACCAUCUUAC